GCUUGAGCAAGGUUUGCCUUCCUUCUCAGAACGGGGCUGGAUAUUGUCUACAGUUUAAAUAAGGGAAGAACACUUCUGGUGAAAUGAAUUCUCUAUCGAGGGACGCUCAGGUCAAGAUCAUGGAAGGGACGGUCAACAAUGCAGAAAAGUAUCUCGGCCAGUUCUGCAUGCUCCUGGCUUCCUACACACGCAAGAAUGCAAGGCUGAGAGACAAGGUUGACCUGCUGGUAAGACAGAUUAUGGACUUUGCAAACACCGAGAAUCCAGAGUUACGAAGGUGCCUCAAGGACCUUGGAGAGGAGUUGUCAAAGAUUCAGGACUACCGCCAGGCAGAGGUGGAGAGACUGGACGCCAAGGUUAUUGCACCACUAAAGGCUUAUGGUCCCCUGACAAAAUCCAAACGGGCAGACAUCAAGAAAUUUAAUAGCGUCCGCAAUCGUGAAAUUAAAGAACUUGAAAACCUGCAAAAGUUGAAGCAGAGAAAUCCUUUGGACAGGCAAGGGAUUUCACUGGCUGAAGCCAAUGUGCAGAAGGCUUCAGUUGAUGUCAAUCACACCACACAUCAGCUUGAGGAGAUCAUUCUCAAAUUUCAGCAGCAAAAACUGAAGGACAUUAAGGCUAUUUUCUCAAACUUUGUGACCAUCGAGAUGAUAUUUCAUGCCAAGGCCCUUGAGGUGUACACAAAUGCUUUUCAAUACCUGAACAACUUUGAUGAAGAGAAGGAUCUGAAGGCAUUUAAGUCGAAGGUAUCCAUCAGUGAACUUGAGAAUGAUGCACGGCCAUCUUCAUCCAAUAGCAACUCAACUUUAGAACAGUCCCCAGCCAGUCAGCCAGGUAAACCCCUGAGAGAGGCGCGAAAAGACAGAAGAAAGUCCAGUGGCAGUAAGCUGCAGACAACAACGAGGGUUCUUCAUGCCCAUUUUCAGGAAGAUGAGUCAGAGGAAGAGGAAGAAGAAGAGGAAGAGGUUGAAGAGUUACAGGAUGUCAGUGAUGAUGAGUACAAUCCAUAUGCGAAAAUUAGAAAAUGAGUCAUCUAUUACUGGUGGAAAGCAAAAUUCACCUAAUAAUAUUAUUUUCCGACUAAUUGCUUCAGGAAGCAAAAUUAUUAAAAUAGUAUCUGGGCCAACCCAACCAUUUACAAGACUAAUUGAUAGGCACCUGUAGCUGUGAUGUCUGAGAAGUGUCCAACACCUGACCAUUGACUGGAGUCUCUAAAAUGGAUUGACACCAGACAACCAAACUCUUCAGUGUUACAAUCAAAUGUGGUCCUUGACAUUCAGAUUUCAAAUUGGUUUAAAGAACUAGUUCUCGGUGACCUCGGAUAGAAGGAAAAUAAAUUUGAUCAAAGAGGUAAAUAGCCAACUGACAUUUCCCGAGCUACCAUCAGUUCUGAGGAAGGGUGACUCGACCUGAAAUGAUGAUUCGGAUUUCUCUUGACAGAUGCUGCCAGAUCUGCUGAGCUUUUCCAACAAUCUCUAUUUUUGUUUCUGAUUUUCAGCAGCUGCAGUUCUUUUGAUUUUUAAAUAGCCAACUUUCUGCUGCUGAAUCUAUAUCUAAUGAGAGAAACAUAGGAAUUAUUAUGGGAACAGAAAGAGAGAAAUGUAUAUGUGUCUAGGUCAAAUCAGAGAUUUAGAAAAGUCUUCCUAAUUUUCCUCCUUUUAUGCUCCCUUUAGAAUUCCUUAAACAUUUUAGCAACUUUGUUGCCUGCAUUGUGUCCUCAAUGUUUGCACAUAGUUCUCUCUGUUGCAGCAUUCCUUUUGCAUUCAGUGGUUCAGUGGUUAGCACUGCUGCCUCACAGUGCCAGGAACCCAUGUUCAA